CAAAAAGAAAAAUUAAAAGAAUUAAAUUGUACGUCAAAGGACUCAAAUGAGUUGGUCAGUGGGAUUGGUUUAGGGAUUCAAGUGAGUGCAGCUCUUUCACCGCCGCGGCUCAGAACAAAGUGGUGGCGCCGCUUACUCAUAGAGUCGAGAGAGCUUUAGUAUUAUCCAACGCAAUCCAAUGUCACGUCGAGAAGACCGUAGCUCGGAAUCGAAGCGCCACCGUUCGCGCUUCGACCGUGAACCGAGCCCCAAGAGAUCUAGGAGAGAUGGUAAACCGGAGACUGAAAAGCCGCCGGGCGAGCCGGACUUGGAUAAGGACCGGUCGGACCGGGAUCAUCGGCACCACCGCCGGCUUCCAGGUCCACCGCCACUUGAAUGUGGAAACAUGAACAGAGAAUCUGAAAGGGGGGCUGAUGCACAUAAAGCAGUAGCCAAACGUUCUUCUGAUCCUACGAAAAUACCUCAGUCGCGGUCGUACUUUCAGCACGAUGACCGUAAUAGUGCUGGGCAGAACGGAAGAGGCUUCAGCCGCAGGGCAGACAGUGAACGUGGAUGGUGGUCUGAUCCUAAGGAACAGCGAAAUGAUAAGUCUACCGAUAAAACUGCGUCAAUUGAUGCUCAGCUAAAGGAUGAAAAAUCUAAAGACAACAGAGAAGGCAGUCAUGUGUGGCGCCAUGAUGGGUACUUUGAAAUGGAAGGUAAUCAAAAACCUCCUACACGUAGAAGGCCUUCUUUCAGAGAGCAGAAGAUCCCUGCUGAUCCGGAUAAAAGCAGCAAAGCUGCUGGUGAUCCAGUGCUGCCAAACCCACAAGAUCAUGCCAUAGACGGUGGAAGAAGAAACGACAGAGGGCAUAACUCUCGGUUCUCUGACAGACCUGAAAGACCAGUUGCAGGGGGAAGAGAGUUGAACAAGGCUCAAUCUUGGAGAGGUAACUUCUCAUCAGGAGAUAGAUUUAACGCCAACAGUAGGCAGAGAGGCAGAGAUAGAUUCGUUGCUAGGCAAGGCAAUCAUCCAACUGGGGGCCGUGUUGAGAAAUGGAAGCACGACCUUUAUGAUGAGGCCAACAGGAGUCCACCCCCGAAGAAUGAAGAAGAUCAGAUUUCCAAAAUCGAGUCCCUCCUGGCUUCGUAAAUGCUUUGUUGCUUCAUCUAGGGAGUUUAUAAAGUUCCCCCUCUUUUUUUUUUUUUUCUCUCUUCUGAAAUGCAUUCUUUAAUCAUUUUGGUGCAUAAUCAAGUCGUACAAUUGUUUGGAAUGCAACUCACUUAAUGUGUUUUGAGUAAUUGAACAAUUUCUAGUUUUUUCUUGCUGUAA